AUGAGUCGCCUCUGGACGAAGGGAUUUUUCCUGACGACUUUCCUCAUUCAACUAUUGUUACUGUUUGAUGGCGUUGAGGGAAAAGGAAAGCGCCGAAAAUGUCCGCCGAGUUCGUGGAGCGAAGGGAAAAUCGUGAACACUGUGUUAUCGAACUACACAAAAAUGUUGCCCGAAGCUGAGGACUCGGUGAUGGUUAACAUCGAGAUUCAUGUACAGGACAUGUCCUCUCUAAACGAAUUGACGUCGGAUUUCAAAAUCGAGAUCCUCUUCACGCAGCUUUGGCAUGAUCCGGCACUCGCUUUUGCCCAUCUACCAUCUUGCAAACGAAAUAUCACCAUGGAGAACAAACACCUCGAGAACGUGUGGACGCCGAACACUUGCAUAAUCAACUCGAAAAAGACAAUGAUUCACCAAUCGCCCGCCGACAACGUCAUGUUCAUUCUAUACGAGAACGGGACUGUCUGGGUGAAUCAUCGGCUGAGUCUUAAAGCGCCUUGCCUGCUCGAUUUGCGACGUUUCCCCUUUGAUGUUCAGAAUUGCGAGCUCAUCUUUGAGUCCUACUCGCAUAACUCCGAGGAGGUCGAGUUGCAUUGGAUGAAAGAGCCCGUCACACUAAUGAAGCAAAUCUCACUUCCCGACUUUGAUAUGGUGAAUUUUCGGACGGACAAAGCAACCCUAUUGUACCCAAAUGGUUACUGGGAUCAGUUAACGGUGGUUUUCACGUUCAAGCGCCGCUACGGUUUCUACAUAAUCCAAGCCUACGUGCCCACAUAUUUGACAAUCAUCGUCUCCUGGGUCUCGUUUUGUAUGGAACCGAAAGCAUUGCCGGCAAGAACCACAGUCGGCAUCUCUUCGCUGUUGGCGUUGACUUUUCAAUUCGGAAACAUUUUGAAGAAUCUCCCGCGAGUCUCUUAUGUGAAAGCGAUGGACGUCUGGAUGCUGGGGUGCAUCUCGUUCGUUUUCGGCACAAUGGUCGAGUUGGCCUUCGUCUGCUACAUCAGUCGGUGCGCAAGCAAUCGGGACAAAACGAAUCGCCGCGAAUCGCCGCGAAGUCGCGCUGCCGUGUACGCGAAUGGCGGCUGUCGUACCCGCACGCCGCAUCAUUUAAACGGAAACGUGAUGACCGAUUCACUGAUGAGAAAUGGCGUCAGUGUCAGGGAGAGCUCGGUCGACCCGCCGCAAAGAGACGCCUACAGGUUACCCAACGGUCCCCCACCACCCCUGCACUUCCACAUGACGACUUUUGACGUCGCUCAGCCGCUCACCCUGGAACAGGUGGGCGGUCUUCCUCCUCCAUUCCGUGACCCCUCCCCGUCGCCACAACCCGAUUGCAUUGCGCGUUUUCAUCCCGAAUCCAUCGAUAAGCUCUCGAUCGUUUGUUUCCCGCUGGCUUUCACGAUGUUCAAUCUCUUCUACUGGUGGUAUUUCCUCUCACCGACUUUUGAUCAAGAUUUCUUGCCAGUACCGCACGAA